AUGGAGACCCCAGACCUCGACAUAUCCAGUUACCAAACUAAAACGCCCCCAAACACCCCCGAAGAAGAUGACGCCAGCAGCAACGGAGAUUUCGAAAAGCUACCGUCGACUUGGGACUUUUCGGCCGCGACCACUAGACACAUCAAGACUUUAAAAAAAUAUACCGAGAAAACAGACCGAGCUUCCAAGCUGGUUCAACAAGAAGGACCAUGCCUCUGUCGGCUCGAGAAUACCUUGGGGAAGAACUCCAUCGAUACAAUGACCUCUCCGUUAAGCAGUACAUCCGAGGCUGGGGAAGAGCAAACGAAUGAGGCCAGCGGGACUAUUCAUGUAUCGAAGCUCGAGUAUAAGCGCGUUGACGAGAUAUGGAAUGAAAAGGAAGGUAAAUUUAAGAUUGUCGAGUGGGUUGGUUCAGAUCUCGAUAGACUUGACGAAUUCUUGUUUGUCGUCCGCGAAAGAACUGAUAAGAAUACGCUGGAGAGAACUUCUUACAUCGAUAUCAAGUCUCCUUGGAUACGGGAUAUCUUGAGAGAGAUUUGCGAAAAUGUCCGCGGCGUCUCCCUGGUCGAUAGUAAGCCAUCGAUCGAGCUGAAUAUUAUCUUCCAUGUCCGCUCAGACCUCCAGCGGCAGAGGGAGGUUAUUUCACGCGGCUCUGAACGGAGCACAGCAGAAAAGCACCUAAAAGUUUUUCUGCGCUACCUCGAGGCUGCCUUUCGGCCUAUCGACGAGCGGUUGUCCGAGCUCCUAAAGAAUAAAGAGAUUUCGUACGAUUUGCUCUGGGCACUCUUCAAACCAAAUAUGGAGGUAUAUACUACCUGUAAAGGCACGCAAGUAUCCAGAUGUGUCCUGUACAGCCAAAUGGAGAGGAAAAAAGACAUGGCAGGCACGCCGUACAUGCACAUUGAAACUCGAUACCUGGGCUCAGACGGAAAAGCCUUGGGUGAAGUGCCUUCUAGCAGCUCGAUUCCUAUCUUUCGUGGCGCAACGCGAAUCGAUCUUCUCCCAGCAUAUCCUCUCCAGUACCACCCUGAGAAAGACGAGAUUCGGAGCCAACUAGAGGAGUGCGGCCGCCGAUUUGUGUCUCUACUCGGCAUUCACCAUCAACAAUACAAGGGGAGAGCCUUCGACUACGACGAAGAUGGCAAUAUAGUCGCUUGCCACGUCGAGGGGAACAUCAUGGUGGACUCCGAGUGCUUCCAGGAGAACAUGCCGAACUAUCCAUGCCCUCGUCCUCAAAAGGUGCGGCCUCAAUGGAGCGUUCUGGGCCGUUGUGAGGCAGUGAAGCUUGUCGACAUCGACCCAGAACAGCUUCAGCCAGAGGACUUCCUCAUCUGCAGUCCGACCAUCUUGGGAUUCAGCCUAGCAAUGAAAAAAUUUCUUGAGUUUGCCGUUAAACAUGUCACUAAUGUCAAAUGGAGCGAAUGUUCAUUUGAGGAUGUCAAUAUCCCAGAGGGCAAGAAGAAGGCCAUCUACGCGCUUACAAAGACUUAUAUAGGUAGAGGAGCCGACGACGCCUUCCAUGAUUUUAUACAAGGCAAAGGUCGUGGAAUCAACUUCCUACUCUAUGGGCCUCCGGGGGUCGGCAAGACGUUGACGGCCGAAACUUUGGCCGAGACAUUCAAAGUCCCGCUAUAUACUGUGGCUGCAGGCCAAAUCGGGGUGGACCAUGUCAGAGUAGAGAAGAUCCUGAAGAGUAUCUUUAAGAUUGCAAGCCGCUGGGGCGCGAUCCUGCUGCUAGACGAAGCAGAUGUGUUUUUGGCCGAACGGGCGCUCGAUCCGUACACUAAUGCCCUCGUGUCUGUGUUCUUGCGCGAACUAGAGCAUUACGAAGGAAUCUUGUUUCUCACGACUAACCGCAUGAAUACGUUCGAUUCUGCGAUCCUUAGUCGAAUCCACCUCCCACUGAGAUACGAGCCACUAAAGAAAGACGCUCGUGAGGGGGUGUGGCUUUUUUUCAUAAAGCAAGCCAGAACAACAGCGGGUCAUGCGACUUAUAAUGAUAAGGUCAUCAACGACCUAGCGGAGAAGAAACUCAACGGCCGCGAGAUCAGAAACACUGUGUUUAUUGCCCGUUCGAUGGCAGAGUAUGAUGGUAAGGUUGUGAAUGAGGCUUAUCUGAGAGAGGCUAUCGAGACCAGGAAACAGCUGGAUGAAGAUUUUCAGGGCGCUGGCGCGAUCGAGAACACUCACUCCUAUCUCUGA